UGAACCUAUCAUUUCUUCUUAAACACGUGACCGUGUAGUAGUUGUGAUAUUCCAACAUUUUAAAUGGAUCAAAGGAUUAACAGAACUACGUCUGCUAUUGUUUACCUGUGUGCGACGAAUUUAUUUUUUAUCUCUAUUUAAUUAGUUAGAAUUCUAUAAAAUCUUUAUAGUUUUAAAUUUUCAUUGAGCAUAUUUCGGAUAUUUUUGUCUCUCUGCUACAUUUUGUAGUUUAGAGUAAACAGUUCGAAAACAAAUUAAUUUCCUUACUGAGUGACACUUAAGCCGAAAAUGUUCACUUUGCUUGGAAUUAUUAACGUUUUGAUAUCGGUGUUAUUUGUGACUGUUAAUGGUGAUGGACACUGUGUAAUGAGAGGACAAUGUGAGAUAGAUAAUGUUACUACUUUAGCCAAGACCUGUGUUUAUAACGGACCUCCUAAACCACUGACAGACAAUUCUUCAGUUAGUUACUUAAAAGAUCUUUGUCCAAAUUUAAAUGUUGGACCAAAUUUUGAAGUUUGCUGUGAUGCUGAUCAAGUUCAAGCUUUUCAGGAAUCGUUUAGUGCUUUAGCAAACUUCUUUCAAAGAUGCCAAUCUUGUUUUCACAAUUUAGCCCAAAUAUUUUGCAAUCUUGCGUGCUCACCAACUCAAAGCAAAUUCAUGCAGGUAACAAAUUACACUACCGAUGGAAAAAAACUGUCAGUUGAUGCACUGGAUUACUACAUUACUGAAAGUUUCACAGACGGGCUCUUCAACUCCUGUAAGAAUGUGCAGCUCUCAUUUGUGACACAGAAAGCCAUUACCAUCACAUGUGGCUCGCAUGCUGAUGACUGCACUCCUCAUUAUUGGCUAGAAUAUAUGGGAGGACAUGAUCCAUCUCCCUAUCAGAUAAAUUUCAAAUUUGUAGAGACUGACAAAGUGAUAGUGGGAAAUCAGACUUUUUAUCCCAUGAAUGAAACUAUUAUUCCUUGCUCAAUGCCAGCAAAAGCUGGUGGGGUUGCCUGUUCUUGUGUAGACUGUCCGUGUGAUCCCGAGCCACCUCCUGGUCCUGACGGGCCUGGUACAAAAAUACUGGGCUUGGAUCUAAUGCAGGCUAUCAUGUUAUUGGUAUACAUUCUUGUUGCUGCCACUAUUAUCGGAUAUUUUCUUUACAGGAGGAUCAAAAGUAAAUCUGAAGAAGAUGAAUUGCUAAUAAUUGAUGUGAAAUUAGAUCCAAAAAGAGUUAGCAGAUGCAACCGGUGGGGAGCUCAACUUGAUGAAUGGUUGAAAGACAUAUUUACUCGAUGGGCAUUGAUGUGUGCAUCGUAUCCAUAUACAGUACUUCUUAUUUGUAUUGCUUUUCUCAUUAUCUGUGGAUCUGGUCUUAUCUUUUUCACAAUAAGAACAAAUCCAGUUGAAUUGUGGUCUGCACCUACAAGUCAAGCAAGAGAGCAAAAAGAUUACUUUGACAAUCAUUUUGGACCUUUCUACCGUACUGAACAAGUUAUUAUUAGACGGAAAUCUGGAGAACCUGUUAUUGGAAAUAAUCUGACUUUUAGUUCUGUGUUUGAUAGGGAAUUUCUUCACAAGAUUUUAGAUCUUCAAGAUAACAUCACAAAUCUUGUAGCUGUUGUGAAUAAUGCAACAGUUCAUUUUGAAGACAUUUGUUAUGAUCCAGUGAAUAAACAGAAGUGUAUGAUCCAAAGUGUAGUUAACUGGUUCCAAAAUAAUAUGACAAAUCUUUAUUAUUAUAAAAACAUUGAUGACUAUCUACACUAUUUGAAAAAUUGCUCCUCGAAUCCUUUUUAUGUACAGAAGAUUGGAUUGUCUUGUUUGGGAGAAUAUGGGGGUCCUGUAUUUCCAUAUGUAGCCCUUGGUGGUGUUGGAGAUGGAAAUUAUGCCAAUGCUUCAGCAUUAAUUUUAACCUUUAUGGUCCGAAACCAUGUAGAUAAUGCUGAUAAUGCACCAGCCAUUGCUUGGGAACAAAAGUUCAUCGAGUUUAUGAAAAAUUUCAGUGAUCCAGAUAUAGAAUUUGCUUUUACUUCUGAGCGAUCAAUACAGGAUGAGUUAGAUAGAGAAAGUGCAGCUGAUGAAGUUACUGUUUUAAUUAGCUAUCUAGUGAUGUUUGUGUAUGUUUCUGUUACACUUGGUCAAUAUCAUUCUUUUAGCACUAUCUUGAUAAAGUCAAAAAUUAUGCUUGGUCUUAGUGGGGUUAUCAUUGUGUUAGCAUCAGUGAUGGCAUCUUUAGGAAUUUUCAGUUAUAUGGGUUCUCCAGCUACUCUCAUAAUUAUUGAAGUUAUUCCCUUCUUGGUUCUUGCUGUUGGAGUGGACAACAUUUUUAUAAUAGUUCAAUCAUACCAGAGGUCAAAAAGAGGCCCACUUGAAACAAGAGAACAACAUAUCGGACGUGUAGUAGGCAAGGUGUUACCCUCAAUUUUUCUCGCUAGUUUUUCAGAAUCAUCUUGCUUUUUCUUGGGUGCUUUAUCCAGCAUGCCAGCAGUUCAUACAUUUGCUUUGUAUUCAGGAAUGGCUUUGCUUAUAGAUUUUAUUCUGCAGAUUACUGCUUUCAUUGCUAUAUUAUCCAUUGAUGCUGCCAGAGAAGAGUCUGGUCGUGUUGAUAUGUGCUGCUGCAUUAAAACUGAUAGCGUAACUCCUGCUCAUCCUAGAAGAGGAUUCCUUUAUAAAUUAUUUGAAGAAUACUAUGCACCAUUUUUGAUGAAAGAUUUUGUCAGAUGUAUUGUGCUGCUCAUAUUUUCUGGAUGGUUAUGUCUAUCAAUCAGUGUUUUAGAAAAAAUUGAUGUUGGAUUAGAUCAGAAACUCUCCAUGCCAGAGGACUCCUAUGUGCUGAAGUACUUUACAUAUUUAGAAAAAUAUUUGUCAGUGGGUCCACCUGUAUACUUUGUCGUUAAAGAUGGAUACAACUAUACAUCACCAGAUGAUCAAAACAACCUCUGCAGCGUAUCUUAUUGUAUAAGAGAGUCUCUUGUUGCUCAAGUAUCUGACGCAUCAUUGUUUUCUAACAGCACAUACAUAGCUCAUCCUCCAAUGGAUUGGUUGGACAAUUACUUUAGUUGGUCUCUUGAUGGUACUGGUUGCUGUAGAGUGUUCAAGAAUGACAGUACAACAUUUUGCCCCUCAACUGAACCUGCUGACGACUGUGAUGAAUGUGCUAUAACAGAUACAACAUAUUUUCGUCCUACUUCUGAGAAAUUCAUGCCUUACCUUUUGCACUUUUUAAAUGAAAAUCCUUCUCCAAAAUGUCCUUCUGGGGGACACGCUGGAUUUGCUGGAGCUUUAGAAAUCAAGAAUGAAACUUUAGGAGCAACACAUUAUAUGACUUAUCAUACUAUUCUCAGAAAUUCAGAAGAUUAUACUGAAGCUCUUAGGUGGGCACGUAUAAUAGCAGAUAAUAUCACUACAACUCUUCACAAAUUCCACGCAUCUGAUCCUAAAGCAGAAGUUUUUCCUUACAGCAUAUUUUAUGUAUUUUAUGAACAAUACUUAACUGUUACGAAAGACUGUGUGAUUAAUAUCUUAAUUUCAAUGGCUGACAUAUUUGUGGUGACUCUAAUCCUGAUGGGACUGGAUUUCUAUUCUGCUGCUAUAAUGGUAUUUACCAUUACAAUGAUUUUGCAAAAUUUGAUGGGUCUGAUGUACUUUUGGAACAUAUCCAUAAAUGCAGUUUCCCUGGUGAAUAUCGUAAUGGGCAUUGGUAUUUCUGUAGAAUUUUGCUCUCAUAUAAUUCGUUCAUUUGCAUUCAACUCUGAGGGUAGUGAGAUUGACAGAGCUAGGGCAGCUGUAGCACGAAUGGGUAGCUCGGUGCUUUCUGGAAUCACAUUGACAAAAUUUGGUGGAAUAAUUGUUUUAGCCUUCUCUAAAUCUCAAAUAUUUCAAGUAUUCUAUUUCCGUAUGUAUCUUGGAAUAGUUCUAAUAGGAGCAGCCCAUGGCUUGAUAUUUUUACCUGUUUUCUUGAGUAUAUUUGGACCUCCCAUCAAGCAUAAUUUUUCCAAUAAAGAAGGAACCCCUUUCAAGACAUCACUUAAGGAAGAGAAUUUUAGUACAGAAAUAAGUACUGUUCCUUGAACAAAAUUCCAAUUGGAUCUGAAUAUGUGAUACUUAUACUCAAACUUUUAAAAAAAUCUUAUUGGCUGACUUGUUUAUGUUAAUGAUCUUAUAUAUGUAUAUUUAUUAAAGUAUUAUUUAACCCAUUCAACUAGACCAAGUAUUUGUAAGAGCUAGUCAUGAGUUUCAAGCGAUAGACUGUACAUAAUUUCGUGAUUAUCCAUACUACACAGUGAAGUCAAUAUUGAUUUACAAUAAGGAAAUACUAAAAUGUGGUGUGACAAGAAAUUUUUUAAUAUGUUUUAAUUUGUAUUUUGUUAUUUAUGUACAUUAUCUACCUCAACCUGACUCAAUAACCUGUGGCAUAUUUAAAAAUGAAAAAAAUUUGAAAUUUUAGCACUAUGUCUCUAAUUGUACUGCAAUUUUCCUGAAAUGAUUUUUUUUUUUUUGGAAUAAGAGUUAUUUUAAAUUUAAUUGGUUAAAUAUUAUGUUGCUACGCAACUUAAAUAUUUUAUUUGUCAAAAAGUUUUUUGUGCAAAAGCUCUUGCAACGUUUUUGUAUUAAAAAUCAUUGUUCUGAGCCUUAAAUUUAUUUAUUGAAGUAGAUAUUUUAGUGUAAUUUCAUGUCUUUUAUACAUUCAAGAAUAGCAGCUCACAUUUUAAUCAAUAUAAGAUAAAGAUAAAAUUUUGUGCUAAAAAAAUUCCACACAUCCUUUUAUAUGAAUUUAAUGUUUUUAAGUUAUGAAAAUAUUAAAAGGAAUUUAUAUUUCUUAUAAUUUCUGUGCACAAAAAACCAUUGUGCGAGGAUAAAAUCUUAAAUUAGCUGAAUAAAGAAGAUAUUUUUUUAUGCUUUUAAUCUUUCUAUAGAUGAGUUAUAUAUAGAAAACAUAAUUGCUUUUUUUAACCAUGUGGAGAAUGCCAAAAAAAAUAUUAAUAAAUAUAUGCAUUAAUAGUUAUAACUAAAAAAAUAAAGUCUCUGUAUUGUUGAAUAGUAAAUAUUUUUUAUAUUAUACGUCGUGCAUGUUUCCCUUCUUGCCUUACAAUGUUGUAUAUAUUUUAUAAUUUGUCAGUUCUUACUGAAACUUAUUGCGUGUUUUUAAAAUUGUUAAAAAAUCUUUACUUUGAUUGAAAAAAAAAGCAAUGACCAUGAAUUUUGUUUCUGACGAUUUUCUCUUAUCUGAAUGUAGGUUUUGAAAUCACAUCAUGUGAAUUUUAUGGAAACUUGCACUUAAUCUAAAAACAAUAAAUAUUUAAGAUUUCCUGCUUUCUGCAAGAUUUUUUGAAAUGAGUAUCUCUGGUAAAAUUCUCACUUCCUCUGACUAUUAGAUCUGUUUAUAAUUUAUAUAUUUAUUAAAAAGGUUUAAAAAUUAAUUAUUUCAUAUCAAUAUGCCUGUUUUAUGAAAAAAAAAUCUCAUUUUUAUCAUCAGAUUAACUUAAGUUGUAUUUAAGUAUAUUGUAAAUAAACAUAUUUUAAAUAUGUUUCCAUGAAAAAUAUUUAUAAAUGUAGUGCAAACAUUUUUACGUAUGUGUUUGACUUUUCAAUUAUUGUAAUUGAAACCAUGCAUUAAUAAAUCAUGCUUAGUGAAGAUCUUAUUAUUUUAAUAUCAACUUUAUAAUAUAAUUUAUAUUUUAUUUUAUUGUAAUUAAGAGUUUUGCCUGCUUAGUUUUUGAAAACAAUUGAAAUUUAUUAGCUGUAAUCUCCAAAAAUAUUAUAUAGCUGAAUGUGAUGAAUACUCAAUAAGUUUUUGUCAGUUUUAUUUAAAAUGCAGGGUGCACAUUAAAUAAUGUGAGGUCUUUAGAGCUCUAUAACUCGUGAUGUACUGAUCAAAUGUCAAAAAAAAAGAGAAAAAAAAUUGGACUCAUAUACUCAGUAGAGUGUGGGAUUUUAAAUAUAUAUAAAAAGUUCUAAAAUUGCCUAUAGCUUAAAAUUUGGCACUUAAUGCAGAAUAUGUCUAAUAAAUAAAUGCAUAUUUGUCAAAUGAAGCAAUAAAUAACUUUUUAUAUUACUAAACAGUAUUUAUUUAUAAUUUACAAAUGGGAUUCAAUGUUACCACCAUUCUGAUAUCCUAAUAUUUGCCUGCUGUAUAUGACAUUUUCUGCAGAAGCUUACUACAUAUCUCUGUUUAUUCCUUUGACAUGCAAAGCAAUACGAGCACAUUGACCCCUUUUUUCAAAUUAUGAUAAAUACUGUUUAUUAUUAUAAAAAGUUAUUUGCGGUUUCAGUUGACAAAUAUGCAUUAAUUUAUUGCGCGUAUUGUGCUUGAAGCUCCAAAUUUUCCAAUAUAGGCAACUUCUGGAACUUUUUUUUUGGAAAUUAAAACCCCAUACUCUGCUGAAUUUGUGUGUCAAAUUUUUAUAACGUUUCGAUAAGUACAUUAUGUGUUAUUAAACUCUAAACAACCUCAUGUUAUUUUAUGUGCAUCUUAUUUUAUCACGUUAUUUUAUAUGAAUUUGAAGUACAAUAAUAAAAUUGUACUUUCCAUUUAUGAAAAAUUGGUUAUUGAAAUAGCCUCUUUUUGCUCAGUUUUUAUUUAUUAUUUCUUCUUAGUUUAUUUCUUAGCUCUUUUUUAUAAUAAUAUUUAAUAGACUUUGUUAUAUAAUUCUGUAAUUAAAUGGCAAGCUAUUGUUAAACAUGCAUUGUGUCAAAUUUUUUUUAAAAAUUACAUAUAUAUAUUUAUGUAUGGAAGUUUCUAUGAUAUCUUGUUGCUGAAAAUCCACAGUUGUUUUUAUACUCUACUGUACUGUAAUGCAUAGUCAACAUUGAAUGUUGGGAUUUGUAGUAAAUUUUGGCUGUAAGCUCCCUAGUUAAAUUUUAGCUAAAGUGUAAAUAGAUUAUAUUAAUAUUUUCCAGAAGGUUUUAUGGAUGUUUUUUACACUGAAUAAAAUAACUAGUAAAUAA